GCGUUUAAGUGUUCACAGUUUUGUUGGUUUUUUUUUUUUUUAAUCACUUGCAAACGAAAAAUGAGAGUGUCGUCAUCAUAUUCCGUCUGCUUCUGUUCGUACAGAACGACAUACAGCAGUGCGAUUUGACCACGGACGUGUACAAGAUUUGACUUUAUUUGUGAAGCUCCAGGACGUCCUUCGUAGCCAUACGAGCGUGACACGUAAAUAAGGUCAAGGACGUUCAUGUGUCAGGUGCAUCCCAAAAUGACGUCAAAGGCACGCGCCACUACGAUACGAAACUAUAUCUAGCAGUGAUUGUUAUUUUUAAAUAGUGAUAGAGAAGGCUUCUGAAGGUUUAAAAAGUUUUAUACAUCGCGGUAAAAACUAUGGUGGAGUGUUUUAAAACAGCAUGUAUAUCUGACUAAGGAAAGCUCGAUUUCGAAAGCGCUGUUUCUUGCGUGGGAUAGAUACAAGAAGAACGACAGGAAACAAGCGUCCCGUGAUUUUGAAUAGAAAAGUCGACGUCUACCUCUCAUCGAACGUAAACGCAGAAUUAACAGCAAUGGCGUCCUCGAAUCUUCGUUCAAAAAUUCAGGAGGAUCAUCUGACCUGUACGAUUUGUUACAAUCUUUUUACAAGACCCAAAGCACUGCCGUGUUUGCAUACGUUUUGUGAACAUUGUCUACGUGAGUAUGUUAGCUCUCGAGGUUACGAAACAGACGGCGAGUUUCCGUGCCCCAUUUGCAGGAAGACUAUUCAAAUACCACUCGGUGGGAUACAGGAUUUCACAGACAACCAUAUCGUAAGAAGUUUGUGUGAAACAGUUGAUCAAGAUAACGGUCCUGAAAAACCCACGCCUAAACCCAGACGAUCUUUACAGCCGAAAACUGAUGAUGCAUUUUCAGCGUCUCAAUCGUCCCAAUCGCCACCACCACCAUACAGCAUGAUUUUUACCGGGACAUCCGAUCAUGCAAAUACCACGUGUGGAAUAAUACAAACACCGGCUGUGUCGGCAACACAGCAUUCACAGAUAGCUUAUCCUCCUAUAGGUUUUGUACUGCCUGAUUCGACAACAGGUUGCGUAGGUGGAAAUGCAGACUUGACAUUACGACCAGUUUCAGUAACAAGUGCACCUUCACCUGCUUCAUACCCUUCUGGAUCCCUCUAUCCCAGUGUUCCACCCUUUUCCCUUGAAAGUAGUUCUGCCUGCUCUGAGGGUCUUAUUCUCAAAUUUGGCAAAAAAGGUGCAGACAUUACUGAUUUCCAUAAACCAUUUGGACUUGCAGUGAGCAAAACCGGUGACUUUGUUGUCACAGACAUGGGUGGAAACAGGAUUUUUAUCUUUCGUAAUGAUGGGGAAUUAAAGAAGCGCCUUACUUGUGAGUGCCCAAUCAAAGAUGUGGCUGUCAAUGACAGAAAUGAACUUUUGGUGACGGUAAAAAAACAAGGUGCAGGUUUUCGUUGCUAUGAUCUGACAGGACGGUGUCUUGGUGAACAUGGAAAAUUCUCUAUCUAUGAGGAAACACAGGGUAUUGCACCGUUGUUGUCUGGUGGGCUAGUUAUUUCAGAAACAAAAAAUCACAGUGUCCACAUCUUGACUAACCAAUACAAGAUGUCAACGAAAAUUGGUCGAAAAGGUAAAGGGGACGGCUAUUUUCAGUCACCAUCAUUUGUGGCCACAGACAGUAAAGACAACAUUAUUGUUUCAGAUGAAGUAAAUCAUUAUGUGCAAGUAUUCAAUGCCCAUGGAAAGUUUAAAUUGCGAUUUGGUAGUGAAGGCUCCCGCUCUGGUCAACUGAGUCAGCCAAAAGGCAUCUGCACUGACGUGGACAAUAAUAUAAUCAUUGCCGACAGUGGUAACUAUCGUGUUGAGAUGUUCUCCUCACAUGGACAGUACAUUCGAACCAUUGUUAAAGAGACAAAUAAACUAGGAGUAGAUGUAAAGCCAAUCAAUGUUGCCAUGACACCACAAGGAAAUGUGUCAGUUCUGUUGACAGGACCAUAUUUUGCUGAGGUUCGUGUUUACAGACCCCAUCAUUCAAGUCCAGCUGUGCCUUCAGUAAAGGAUUCUACAACCUGGUACUUUGUGAAUUAAUUUUGUGCUGUUGCCUAACAUUUUGAGUUGGGUUGGAAGGCUAUUCACAAGAGCUCUGGGCUCAGUUCAUCAUGUCAUAUCCGCUUUUUCUGUAACAAGUGUACAUAAAACAGGUGAAAAGAAUGAAUUGUAUAAAUUAAAAACCUUUCAUACCAAAAACGUUUUUUCCCCAGCUAAAAUGUCUGAUAAAGAGAAGAAUAAAAGAUAUAACAAAUCAUUAAAUUUUGUGACCCCACUAAUCUUCAGACAGCAACUACUCAGAAAAUGCCUAAAGUAUUUACCGCCAUUUUCCAUAGUUCAGCCUUUAUUAGGUUGCAUUCCUUGGUUGUAAAUGAUUGUCUUUGAAAAGGCAAUCCAUUUUAGUUGACAUUUAGAAAUAAUUGUGUCAUACCUAAAGAAGUCAGACCUUACCUUUGCGGUCUAUUAGGGCAAAUUUUUUUCUCUUUUGAUUAAAGCAUUUACUUAAUUUUUGCUUGAAGAAUAAAGAUUACAGAAGAAUAAAGAGAGCAAUGAUGUUAGCAUGUGCUGCUUUCUUAUCUGCAGACAUAGGACAUUGAAAAAAAAAAGUCUUGAAAUUUGUUUUUAUUGUAACCCAAGCAAAGAUGUUCUAUCAAGACUUCUAUCAUAGCUUAAUCCCUUGCAGCUAAAUAAAUUAAGCUUUAUUCAUGAAAUGCCAUUUGCCUGAUUACAAAAGCACAAGCAUGAGUUAAUCAUUUUUUUUAAACAAAAUCAAUUGAUACUAUCUCAGUGUAACAGAAAAGUAUUUGUAGCAACACAACAUUCAAAUCAUACACCUCAGCUAUUAUAACCAUGUUUAUGUUAUUUAAGUGUUUAUUUACAUACUACGUAACUGGUUUACUGAUUUCUUGCGGCCAAGUGUUUGCAGAAUGAGUGGACUAGCUUAUGACAGAAAAUGCAAAUGAUCAUACAUCUUUUAUCACUUUCAUUACAGGUUAUUUAUAAAUGGCCUUUCUUUAAACAUAAAUUAAUCACCUUGUACAUAAAAAUGAAAACCUGCUCCUAUAUAAAAGGCCUUGGGACUGUGUUACUGUUAACUGUUUGUUUGGACAAAAAUGCUGAUUUCUCUUCUAACUUCAGUAUCAAGUGUUUCUUGACACAAAGCAAGUUAUUAAAGAUUAUUUUGUUGAUAAUAUGCCUCCAAAAGAUGUAGCAAUCAUUGAUGUGUAACUAUGGGAAGUUUGCCUCUCAAUCAAUAUCGUCUAUGUUAUUUGACCCCUGUGAUUAGUUUCCAUUAAUUAUGUUAACUGUUUCAUUUUACAUAUCAUUUAUUGUCAUUAAAAAUUUAUUGAUCAGCAAUAUGUUAUGAUUUAUAUAAACCUCACAUCAGUUUUUGCUGUUAUUGUGGGCUUUGUAUAUAGUUGACCAGAAGACAUAAAUUGAUCAAAAUGUGCAAUAAAGCAAUAGCCUAGAAGAAAGGCACGACUA